AUGAUUAACUGGGAGAAGCUCUUCGGCUCCGAUGUUUGGCAAACGCUUUCUCCCGGCGAUCAUAUAGAUCUAAUCGAGCUCGUAGAGCGAAACAUAUCAGCCAACAUCGUUGCUUGCUCCGCGCUCACAUGGGCCAUAUACGACACUUUCCUGACAAUCGGAAGGGAGUCUCGAUAUGUCUGGUCUCGAAAACCCGCAGCUACUACUGCUAUUUAUGUCGCAAAUCUUCGCCUACACAGUUGUAGGGUGCAAGGUAUCGUGGGAUUGGUAGUUUUUAUGCUCGUAUACAUUUCACAAGCUGCAUUCUCCGCUUUGCGAUUGUUUGCGAUUCGGGACCGUAGCCUCAAGCUCGCUGUCUUUGUGUUCAAUCUGCACAUACCACCGCUUAUCCUCGAUGUGCUAUGGUCCCCAUACCGGAUCCCGGACGCUUAUCUUGCCAUCGAAUACUUCCCGGGAUGCUAUCUUAUGUACAAUAGUUCGUACAUGAUACCUCUAAUAACAGCGUUCAUUCUUCGACGUGCUAUGACCCUCGCCACAGAUAUCAUUGUGCUCUUGCUCACUUGGACGAAGACCUAUCACAUUCGUCGCGAAGUUCGGAGCUUUGGGAUAAAUGCGUCUAUCUCAACGCUUCUCCUCAGAGACGGUAAUUUUACCGGUUUUCUGGACCUGUGCGGUGCUUACAUGCUUCGUAUUCCUUGCCCUCAGCGUCUUCGACUUGACGAUGGCUCAACACUUCUUAUCGACUACUCAAGCCUCUUCCUCCAAGUCUUCCGCAGCAUCACCGUCUGUCACUUCAUCCUGCACUUGCGAGAGGUCUAUCUCACAGGCAGCGACGAGAACACAAGCAGCCCGCUUGCCUCAUCCUUCCUCCAAUUCGCGUCCCACGCCAUAGGAAACCUCGGCGCACCACUCGAUCUUGCCUGCGACGACGACGACGCGGAGGAUACCAAAUGGGUCUCACGCAAUCCUCUCGCCGUAGGGCUUCCGAUAAUGUCCGAGCCAGAAGAGCACGACGCACUGUAUCAAGUGGCAAGAACCUCACUCCAGUCGACGCCCGAGAUCAAGGAUGUCUUCGACGACGACAAGUACGCACAGCGCUACCUCUUGCUUGUGAGGCGGAAAAACACGGGAGACGAGCUCUACAACGACAUCACGCCUGAGACGCACUCCUUCCUCGUCGAAGAAUGA